AUGGUGCCCAUGGUGGUUGAACAGUCCGCCCGUGGAGAGCGCGCCUUUGAUAUUUACUCACGGCUGCUGAAAGACCGAAUCGUCUUUCUAGUUGGCCAGGUAGAAGAUCACAUGGCCAAUCUGAUUGUGGCGCAGCUGUUGUAUCUGGAAUCUGAGAACCCGGACAAAGACAUUAACUUGUACAUCAAUUCGCCCGGUGGCUCCGUCACAGCAGGCAUGUCGAUCUACGAUACCAUGCAAUUUAUCCGCCCGAACGUUGCCACACUGUGUAUCGGUCAGGCGGCCAGCAUGGGUGCAUUCUUACUCGCGGCCGGCGCGCCGGGCAAGCGUAUAGCAUUGCCCAACUCGCGGAUGAUGCUGCAUCAACCCAGUGGUGGAUCGAGAGGCGUCGCAGCGGAUAUCGAGAUUCAGGCCCAGGAAAUUCUGCUCAUGCGUGAGCGCUUGAACAAACUGAUUGCUCAUCACACCAGCAAAGACGUGGAAACGGUUGCCAAUGAUACCGAUCGCGACUUCUGGAUGAGUCCGGACGAAGCGCUGGCCUACGGUUUAGUCGACCACGUCCAGCAAAGUCGUGAGGAUCAUAUGUCCGACGAUAGCGGCAAAACAGACGAUUCAGGCAAACUUUUAUACUGCUCAUUUUGUGGUAAGAGUCAGCAUGAAGUCCGCAAAUUAAUUGCCGGGCCCUCUGUUUUCAUCUGCGAUGAAUGCGUUGAGCUAUGCAACGACAUCAUCCGUGAAGAAGUCUCUGAAACUGCCCAGACCGGUGAAUCCAGCAAACUACCGGUUCCCCAGGAAAUUAAAGAUAUCCUCGAUCAAUAUGUGAUUGGUCAGGAACAUGCCAAACGCGUUCUCGCAGUGGCUGUCUACAAUCACUACAAACGCCUGAACUACAAUGGCAAGAAAGACGAUGUAGAGCUUUCGAAAUCAAAUAUUCUGCUGAUUGGCCCCACAGGCAGCGGCAAAACUCUGCUUGCAGAGACGCUUGCACGCCUCCUGGACGUCCCGUUCACCAUAGCUGACGCAACCACGCUCACAGAAGCCGGUUACGUUGGUGAAGAUGUUGAAAAUAUCAUUCAGAAACUGCUGCAGAAAUGCGAUUACGACGUUGAUAGGGCCCAGGUGGGUAUCGUCUAUAUUGAUGAAAUAGACAAAAUAUCCCGCAAGUCCGAUAACCCUUCCAUCACGCGAGACGUGUCCGGUGAAGGGGUGCAGCAGGCACUCCUGAAGCUGAUCGAGGGUACUGUCGCAUCGGUUCCGCCUCAAGGCGGCAGGAAGCAUCCACAGCAGGAGUUCCUGCAGGUCGAUACGUCUAACAUCCUCUUCAUAUGUGGUGGUGCGUUUGCCGGCCUUGAUAAAGUCAUCAUGGACCGCUCUGAUAAGUCAGGCAUCGGCUUUGGCGCUGAAGUCAAAGGUGAUGCUGAUCGAAAAAGUAUUGGCGAAACCCUUCGUAGCGUUGAACCAGAGGACCUGAUCCAUUACGGCUUGAUCCCGGAAUUUGUUGGCCGUCUGCCAGUGGUUGCGACGCUCGAAGAACUUGAUGCUGAUGCAUUGAUUCGCAUUCUUACCGAACCAAAGAACUCGCUCACCAAGCAGUACGCCAAACUGUUUGAUAUGGAAAAUGUUGAAGUCGACUUCCGCGAAGAUGCGUUGCGUGCCAUUGCAGCAAAAGCUAUGGAACGUAAAACCGGCGCCCGCGGACUGCGCUCGAUUCUGGAAGCCGUACUGCUGAAUACCAUGUACGACCUGCCAUCAUCCGAUUCAGUAACUAAAGUAGUUAUAGAUGAAAGCGUCAUCAAAGGCGAAAGCGAUCCGAUGCUCAUCUACGAAAACGUCGAUCAGGCGAAAGCUGCUCCCGAAGACUAA